CAGAAUUUCCACAGAAUUUCCACAUGACCCCAGCCAAAAUAUAAAAAGUCACAGUUAAAUGUUCAGAGCGAGGACUGCAGCAGAAAGACAACAACUGAAAAUAAAUGCUAACAGGACCAUGAGACUUUACAUCAUUUUCUGUUUUCUGCUUUUGGCUGUGAUUUGCAGCUGUCGUGCCGAUGCUAGUGAAGUGAAAUUUGGCCCCCUCUGCAGCGGCAACUCAAGUAACCGCAAAAGAGGAUGUGAUAAAAAGUAUGGCUGUGGUGAUUAUGGAGCGAGACGAGAUGGUGGAAAACGGAAACAUGCCGGUCUUGACAUUGUGUGCGCUGAUGGAGCCACGGUUUAUGCUCCGUUUGACGUGAAGCUGAAUGGCAAAGCUGCACCAUACAAAAAGAACAACGCUAUCAAUGAUGGCAUUAACUUGAGUGGAGAAGGUCUCUGCUUCAAGCUGUUCUAUGUUAAGCCGGAUAGUUACUCUGGGACCCUAAAGAAAGGGCAGAAGAUCGGAACUCUACUCCCAAUGCAGGAAGUUUAUCCUGGCAUCACUUCUCACGUCCACGUUCAAAUGUGCGACAAAUCAGAUCCCACCAAGUAUUUCUGACGCUGAUGAUUAAUUCGCUGACCACCUGCAAACCACUUUGUGCCUUUCAUAUCAGCUUUCUUUCUUUGUGCUGCUGCCCUGUACUCUGCAAUCUCAUAAUAAAGUUUUGAAGACUA